ACGAUAAGGAAGCAGGACCCCGACAGGUUUCAUGUUCAGAAAGACAUUCAAAACGUUGUAGCGAAGAUUAGAGCCGAACAAAGACAAGGAUUGACUCCCAUGCAGUCACUAGAAAAUGUGCUGAUGAACAACGACUUUAUUUACGAGACACGGGAAGAACCCGGAACAGAGAUCGUAACAGAGAUCUUCUUUCUUCAUCAGGACUCGAGAGUCAUGUGGCGUGCAUUCCCCCACGUCAUGAUGAUCGAUGCAACGUACAAGACAAACAUAUACAAUAUGCCCUUUAUCCAGAUUGUUGGUAUGACGCCUACCAACAAAUCGUUUAUUAUCGCGCAUGCCGUUGUUAGUAAAGAACGGGGUGAUAACUUUGUGUGGGUGCUUGAGAGGGUUAAGGCAAUGUUGGAUGAAUGUAUGGAGCCACGUGUGAUUUUAACGGAUAGAGACCUAGCCCUUAUGGGCGCGUGUGCUAAAGUAUUUUCAGACGCCUCUAGGCUUCUUUGCAGGUGGCACAUACAACAGAAUGUUAUGAAGCACUGCAAGGGUGCCUUCACAGACGACGACUGGAAGAAAUUUAUGUCAUUCUGGGGGACAUUGAUUGAGUCUCCAUCCAUACCCAUCUACGACUACCACUUGCGCAACAUGCGAAAGCGACUUGUGGAGUGCAAACGUUCUAGAGUCUUCAAAUACGUGUACGAUAACUGGCUAAAAGACUAUAAGGAGAUGUUUGUCUUUGCGUGGACUGAUAAGAGGCGCAACUUUGGUAAUCGUACUACAAAAAGAGUUGAGAGCCAACAUGCCAACUUAAAGAGAUACGUCGAAGAUAGGAGCUCGCUGGACCGUAUAGUUGGUUGUGUCCGGGAUAUAGUUGAGACACAGUUCGGUGAAAUAAGGAAGACUUUUCGAGAAAGCAUCGAAAAAACAAUGAAACACCACAAACACCCGAUGUUUCAACACCUACUUGGAAAAGUAUCCCACAAAGCCCUUGACUUGUUGCAUGGAGAGGCAAUUAGGAGGCUAGAUGUCUUGGAGCGCUUUAAUUCAUCAUGUGGUUGCCAAAUGUGGCACAGCUGUGGGUUGCCCUGUGCUUGUAGGAUAGAAAAGUACAUGCGUGAAGAGCGUCCGAUUCAACUCGAAGACAUAGACGUCUUCUGGCGGAAACUUAACUUCCAAAGUUGUAAAUUGAUAGACGACUCACUUGACGUGGUCGAAGAGCUAGAUGUUGUUAGACAACAAUUACAGUCGCACCCCCCAGCUCAGCAAAAAAGCCUGCUUUCAAAGAUUAAAGCGGUGUUGACUCCAACGAAAUCUACCAAGAAACCACCGGUUGUCCAACAAAAUACUCGUGGCCGACCAACAACAAAGCACGUACAAGAAAGGUUGGACGAGGCCUCUCGUAUAGAUGAAGAAUUGAGGAGAAGCUCCUUCGGUGAUGCAAACACGUGCUUUGAAGGUUCACGACAAAGUAAGUACGAUAAACCUCGCCACAGCUCGUACGUUCCGUCUCAGGCCUCACAACAGUCGGUUAUAAGGUCCCAAAAACCCAAAGCGACCCUAAGCCGUUCAAAGAGUUCUAAGAAGAAAGAGACACGAGAUGAUCACGGUUUUCCUUUAAUCAUUGGGGACGAGUACGUGGGAAUCAUCGAACGGUUUAAGUCUGACAUUCCGCCAGUGUUCCAUCCGUACGUCUCGUGCAUACGAGAUGUGAUGCCGGACGGUCAUUGUGGGUUUGGUAUGUGGCUGUGGGCUUAG